GUGUUUUGGGGCUCAGCUGGUUAAUUUCUGGCGUCUCUCGCGCGCUUAGUUUACCGCUGUAGUUGGUGCCUUUGCCAAGGGUGCCAUGGGGGAAGCGGAGAAGUUUCACUAUAUCUAUAGUUGUGACCUGGACAUCAACGUGCAGCUUAAAAUAGGAAGCUUGGAAGGGAAGAGAGAACAAAAGAGUUACAAAGCCGUCCUAGAAGACCCAAUGUUGAAAUUUUCAGGGCUAUACCAGGAGACAUGCUCUGACCUUUAUGUUACUUGUCAAGUUUUUGCAGAAGGGAAGCCUCUGGCCUUGCCAGUGAGAACAUCCUACAAGGCAUUUAGUACAAGAUGGAACAUGUUUCGCCAAGGGAUGCAUGACUUGAAAGUCUGGCCUAAUGUAGAAGCAGAUGGAUCAGAACCCACAAAAACUCCUGGCAGAACAAGCAGCACUCUCUCAGAAGAUCAGAUGAGCCGCCUUGCCAAGCUUACGAAAGCUCAUCGACAGGGACACAUGGUGAAAGUAGAUUGGCUGGACAGAUUGACAUUUAGAGAAAUAGAAAUGAUAAAUGAGAGUGAAAAACGAAGUUCUAAUUUCAUGUACUUGAUGGUUGAGUUUCGAUGUGUCAAGUGUGAUGAUAAGGAAUAUGGUAUUGUUUAUUAUGAAAAGGAUGGUGAUGAGUCAUCUCCAAUUUUAACAAGCUUUGAAUUAGUGAAAGUUCCUGACCCCCAGAUGUCUAUGGAGAAUUUAGUUGAGAGCAAACACCACAAGCUUGCUCGAAGUUUAAGAAGUGGACCUUCUGAUCGUGAUCUCAAACCCAAUGCUGCCACAAGGGAUCAAUUAAAUAUUAUUGUGAGUUAUCCACCAACCAAGCAACUUACGUAUGAAGAACAAGAUCUUGUCUGGAAGUUUAGAUAUUAUCUUACUAAUCAAGAAAAAGCUUUGACAAAAUUCUUGAAAUGUGUUAAUUGGGACCUACCUCAGGAGGCCAAACAGGCCUUGGAACUUCUGGGAAAAUGGAAGCCAAUGGAUGUAGAAGAUUCACUGGAGCUGUUAUCCUCUCAUUACACCAAUCCAACAGUGAGGCGUUAUGCAGUUGCCCGAUUGCGACAGGCUGAUGAUGAGGAUUUGUUGAUGUACUUAUUACAGCUGGUCCAGGCUCUCAAAUAUGAAAACUUUGAUGAUAUAAAGAAUGGAUUGGAACCUACAAAGAAGGAUAGUCAGGGUUCAGUGUCAGAGAGUGUGUCAACUUCUGGAAUAAAUUCUGCAGAAAUAGAUAGCAGUCACUUGCUUACCUCACCCCUGUUAACAGCAGAUGGUAAUGUAUAUAUACAUUUCUUUUACUUCUUGCAGCAAGAUCUCUGUACAUUCCUGAUAUCAAGAGCCUGCAAAAACUCAACGUUGGCUAAUUAUUUAUACUGGUAUGUGGAAAGUGCCCUUAUGCCUGCACAGCUGUUCUUUAAGACAGAAGAUGGAGGCAAAUAUCCAGUUAUAUUUAAACAUGGAGACGAUUUACGCCAAGAUCAACUUAUUCUUCAAAUCAUUUCACUCAUGGACAAGCUAUUACGAAAAGAAAAUCUGGAUUUGAAAUUGACACCUUAUAAGGUAUUAGCCACUAGUACAAAACAUGGCUUCAUGCAGUUUAUCCAGUCAGUUCCUGUUGCUGAAGUUCUUGAUACAGAGGGAAGCAUUCAGAACUUUUUUAGAAAAUAUGCACCAAGUGAGAAUGGGCCAAAUGGGAUUAGUGCUGAGGUCAUGGACACUUACGUUAAAAGCUGUGCUGGAUAUUGUGUGAUUACAUACAUACUUGGAGUUGGAGACAGGCACCUGGAUAACCUUUUGCUAACAAGAACAGGCAAACUCUUCCACAUAGACUUUGGAUAUAUUUUGGGUCGGGAUCCGAAGCCCCUUCCUCCUCCAAUGAAGCUGAAUAAAGAAAUGGUAGAAGGAAUGGGGGGCACACAGAGCGAACAGUACCAAGAGUUCCGCAAGCAGUGUUACACGGCUUUCCUCCACCUUCGAAGAUCCCUAAAGAUUCUCCCAUGGCAAGAUGAGAAGAAACUGUGUACCCAUGUAAUUAACAGUGAAGUUCAGGAUAAAUUCCGUCUAGACCUGUCAGAUGAAGAGGCGGUACAUUACAUGCAGAGUCUGAUUGAUGAAAGUGUCCAUGCUCUGUUUGCUGCAGUGGUAGAACAGAUUCACAAGUUUGCCCAGUACUGGAGAAAAUGAAAUUGGAAUUAGUCCAUCAAGAUCCUUGGCUCAAUAACAAAACCACUUUAGAAGCAACCUGUGUAUAAUGAAGACUUCAGAGUAACCAGCAAGGAAGGGAAAACUUAAUUUUCAAGAUACCAUAUUUUCUAAAUGUUACAUGGUGCCUCAAUUCCAUUUCUUUAGAUGUUAUUGCUUAAAUAUGAUCUUAAAAAGUUUGUCUUGUAAUAUUGUACAUAUUUAUUUUCAAAUGUAUUCAUUGUUAAUAAGCUAAGAA